UUUAUCAGACAACAUAACCUGGUCGUACGAGUGCCUUGUGGUCUUUUAAUUACAAUUUAGAUUAUUUCAGUAUAUAAAUGAAAUAAAAUGGCAAAAGUUAAAAACAAGCGGAAUUCAGGACUAGCUGAUAAAGUUCACAGUAAGAGAAAAGCAGAGAUCAACAAAAAGAAAAUCAAUCCGUUUGAGGUGCAUGUGAAUCGUGAAAAAAUUAAAGUUUUGGGGAAGAAAUCGAAGCAUGAUAAAGGUUUGCCUGGUGUAUCUCGAGCUAAAGCUGUACAGAAGAGAAAAGAGACAUUGGGCACAGAAAUGAAGCUGAUGAAUAAGACGAACACAUUUAUUGAUCGUCGUAUUGGUGAGAAAAACAACCAGUUGUCGGCUGAAGAUAAAAUGAUUGCGAGGUUUGCCGCUGAAAGAGUGAAACAACACAAUAAAAAGAGUAUAUACAAUUUGGCAGAUGACGAGAUAUUAACACAUAGAGGCCAAACGUUGGAGCAAAUAGAAAAGUUUGAUGAUCCAAGAUCUGAUGAUGAAGAUGAAGAAGGAAAGGCAUAUGGUGGACUAGACUAUGACUUUGUUGCUGAAGGCCACUUUGGUGGAGGAAUGCUUUCAAAAACUGACUCAAAAGACGGUGCAAAAUCUCACAAAGAUUUAAUAGAGCAGUUAAUAGCAGAGUCAAAGAAAAGGAAGGCAGAGAAGCAGAAAGAUAAAGAACAGACUUUAGAUUUGACAGAAAAGUUAGAUAGUGAAUGGAAAGAUCUUCAACCGGUUGUUUUUAAGAGACCGAGAGUAGAAGAAGAGUCUGCUAUUGAUAAAGUGCUGAAUAAAGCAGAAAAGAAUAGUCAGGAUUAUGAUAAGAUGAUGAGAGAGUUGAAGUUUGAGAAGAGAGGAACGCCUUCAGAUGCCCUAAAAAGCGACGAGAAACAAGCAAAAGAAGAGAGGGAAAAGUUAGAGCAGUGGGAGAGAGAACGACAACAGAGAAUGACGGGAGAUGAUGAAGUAAUACCUGUGAGGGUUAAACAACCUGCUCCUAAACACAGGUCAGCCGAGGACCUUGAUGACAAUUUCGAGUUGGAAGACGAGGCUAGUUUUAUGUUGGCGUAUGAUAAGGAUGGAAAACCUUUAGUACCAGAACAUAUUCUUAAAGAUUAUUCAGUACCAAACGCAAAACCGAAGUUUGAAGAUGGCGUUUCGGAUACGUCUGAUGAAGAAAACAGUGAUGAUGCUGAUGAUGAAAGUAACGGUGAUGAUGAUGGAGAUAGCGAUGAACAAGAAGUGUCGGAGGAAGAUGCACCUGAAGAGACUACUGAUGAUGAAAAACAUGUCAACGAUACCGACAACAAGGGUGCAGCAAAAGAAAUAAAUGAUAACAGAGUUGAGGGAAAGAAACUUGAAGUUGAAAACCUUUCAUCACAGUCUGAAUCUGAAGAGGACACUGAAGAUGAACUAAACGUAAAUAUAGAAGAGGGAACCAAAGUUAAAGAAUCCCAAAAAGUUACAACCCAAAUUCAAAUUAAUAAUGUUGAUACUUCAGAAGACAGCUCAAAUGAUAUCCCAGAAUCUAAUGACAAACAGAAUGUGCUUAAGAUAACUGAAAAAAAUUGUAUAUCAAAUAAUGUUUCAGCUAAAUGUAAUGGAAAUGUAAUUAAUGAGAACAAUCGUAAGAAUGUGGAUGAUCUGAACGCUUUUAAUGAUUUGAAAUCAUCUAGUGAUGAGAGCGAUGACAGUGAUGUAGAUGAUACAGAAAUCGGCACUAUGUUUGAGAAGAGCAAUGAAGGUGAAAGUUUAAAGGAAUUAUUGUCCGGAAAAACACCUUCACAGCAGUAUACAGCCAUACAGAAACUGAUAAAAACAUAUGAUCCCAGCUUAGGCGAGGAGAACAAAGACAAACUGAGUCGCCUAUUCGCUCACUUACUACAACACAUCAACGAUAUUUUUACCAAUUUAAAAGACGAAGGCUCCGUUAUAAAAGCCUUCCUGAUAUUUGAUAGAUUAAUACCUCAUAUGUUUGAUCUGGCCAAGCUGAAUAAAAUUUCAACAAAAAAGUACUUGGUCGAUCUGUUGGUAGAAAAGCGAAAUAAAUAUAUGAAACGCCCGAAACGUAUACCGGAUUUGGACACGUUAAUAUUUUUCAAAUUGAUCUCACUGCUGUAUCCCACGUCCGACUUCCGGCAUCCGGUAACGACGCCAUCUUUGUUGUUUAUGUCCGAGAUUUUGAAUCGGUCUAGAUUCGACGACGCUUUCUCGAUAUCAAGGGGAUUCUUUGUCACAGCCCUAAUUUUAGAAUACACUGUUCUGUCAAAACGAUUAGUACCGUCCGCACUGAAUUACUUAAGAGGCAUUCUAUAUUAUUGUGCGAACACAUCAAUACUUAAUCAAGUACAAUUAGUCCCGCCUUUUAUGUUACAUAAAAUGGAGAAGAUUCUAAAUUUAAACACAGACUGUUCUAAAAUGUCGGUCGCGAACAAGAUGGCUGCUAAAGAUUUGAUUCUAGAGAGUGUAGAUGAUGACUUCAAAAUCCGCUGUUUGCUGAUCAGUACGGUGAUGUUGAAGGAGUUCUUCGACAAUUUUAAUGAGUUAGAGGCACAGGAAUGCAUGUUUGAGUAUCACAUAAAGUUGUUAGCCAGGAUCGAUACAGAAUUGUACCCCAAGAAGGUGGCCAGUGUCGUUUCCGAAGUAAGUCAGUACAUGAAAGAGUGCUUAGAAAUGAAAACUUACACUCCGUUGUGUAGAGAGAAAAAGAGACCCAAAGCUUUGAGGUUGUAUGAACCGGAUGUGCAGGAGGUUUUCACUGGAAGUAAAGGCUCUAAAUUAUCAAGAGAACAGGCGGAAGCUGCUCGUUUGAAGACUAAACUAAAGAAAGAGAUGAAGGGAGCUCUCCGUGAGAUCAGAAGAGACAAGUCCUAUAUAGCUUCUGUUAAGCUAAAGGAGAAGAUGCGCAGUGACAAUAUAAGAAAAGAAAAGGUAAAACAAAUCUACAAAGAGGCGGCCAUACAACAAGGAGAAUUGAAUAAGCUGAAGAGAAGUAAAUGA